GUUCUACCUUGUUGGCGCGUCGCGUCGAGCAUACAUUUGCUUCGUCUUCUGCAUUCAGCUCGACUUUGUUCUGCUCUCCAUAUCAUAGAAUCUGAGGCCGGUCACUACAAUUCCAUGAACGACUUUAAUUUGAAGUACUCCUCGUCGCCAGUUUCGGAUACGGGAUCGUUUAGGCUACUCGAAUUUCCACCAGAACUAUACAAAUGUAUAGAGAAUUCGACAGAUAACACCCAAAGCUGGUCUAUCAAAGGAGAAUCACUAGAUGACGCGGUUCUCUGUACUGCCGACAAAACGUACACAAUUCGUUCAGUCGUUCUUUCCAACUCAGUCUUGGUGGUCACGCCCUCCCUGGAUUCCCAUGGGUCUGCGGAGGACGCAGUGAUUCGUGAUCAAUUACAUGAAGUCUAUGAGCUGGUUCCCAGUAUCCCGAAAUUACACAAGUUAAAUGGUCUUCUGAGAGGGAGCGAGUACAACGAAGGACAAGAGGAUGAUGUGGAUAUGACAAGUGAUAGUGAUCGGGAAGAUUAUAGACCAUCGAAACGACGACGACUAACGCUCGAAGAUGCUCGAGAGAUCUUACAGGCAAGCGACGCAGAAAUAUCGCAAGGCCUGAAAUCCAGACGUGUACUCAUCUUGAAAGGCGAGCUUCGACCAAUAGCCCCAUCCUACCUAACUCAAAUCCUCGAACUUCUACUCAACCACCUCGUAUCAACGUCAAUACCUCACCAAGCAGCUCCCCUGGUUGCAUUAUCGUCCGCUCUGGAAACCGAUCACGAAAUUAGGAGAGACGUCUCUGAGCAGGUCAUGGCCUGGUUCGGACAGAUCGACGACGGAAUUUGGAAGCUGGAUGUGAAUGCCACCGUCAAGGAGGUCGGACUAGGCAUUUUGAGGGCGUACAAGGAUGAACCUAUUGUCGAAUUUGACUUUCUGGCUAAAUGGAAGUCGGCCGUAGGCGACACCUUCGAAACGACUAUUACGCUGGACCUGCUAUUGGCAAACUAUUUAUCUUCUCUUUCAACACUGACUGGCGCCACGGAGCUCACUUAUUUCCCCUCCUCCGCUUUACCAACCGAUCCCGCUGCUCGUUUCACAGAUAUAUUCUUGACUCGGCCUCGAUGGAAGGCAGAAGACAUCUCACCAUUCCUCGAAGACAUCGUGGUAAAUAACAAAGAACGAGACAAACUAUUGCUCAAAUAUGCCCGUGCAAUCACGGACAAAGAGGGUGUUUGGUAUACAGCGAGAGUCAUGUACAACGGAUAACAAAUAGAAGAAAUAAGCGGGAUAUGGAUAAGAUGCCUGGCGGUAGUACAAUGAUACAGUCACAGAAGAAUCGAUGUUCAUGAAAGAAGGACAAGAAGCACUGGAACAGAUCAAAAAAAUCGAGCUACUUCCUCUUCGGACGAGAAUUUGUACCUCUUUUCGUCCCAUCAAACUCGUCCUCACUGUCGUCAUCUUCAUCUGCCCUCGUCCGCUUUUUCUUGGUCUUCCGCGCCGGAGCAGGUUUAUCAAACUGGUAGCCAGUGCGGUACUUUCGUGCGAUGUCUGACACGAACAUCCAGAGUGUCCGAAUGAUGUCUCCGCGAGCUCGAACGUCUUGGUACUUCUCACGAAUGAACGUUCGCAUGUUGUAAAUUUCCUCAGCCCGUUGCUUCUCCGUCGAGUGCUUCAUCAUCACAAAUAGAACGACGCCUACACACA